GCCACGAGGAACAAACCUCCAAAAUCGACUCUAACAUAUAAAAAUGAUUUCUAGCUUUCAGCUCUAGGAAGAAGAAGAAACAAUACUAUACUUACAUGGAAUGGAUGCAUCCACAGUAGUAGUUCUCAUCUCUGUCUCAGUCUCUACUAUCGCCCUUUGGUCUCUGGUCUCAUUCCUGUAUCGGACAUGGUGGGUACCCAAUCGAACGAAACAAAAGAUGCAGUCUCAGGGCAUCAACGGCCCUCCUUACAGCUUCCCCCAUGGAAACUCCAAGGAGGUCUUCCGUAUGAAGAUGGAAGCCCUGAGCAAACCCUUGGAUCAUCUCUCCCACCGGAUCCUUCCACGUGUCCAGCCUCAUUUGCAAGACUGGAUCCAGCACUACGGAAAGUGUGUGCUUACUUGGGCUGGCCCCAUCCCUGAACUCAUCGUAGCAGAAACAGAGCUCGCAAAGGAGAUACUCCAGAACAGAGACAAGACUUUCCUAAAGCUCAAAAUGGAUGGGUUAAUGAAGAGAUUGCUGGGUAAUGGCGUCUUCACCUCUGAAGGAGAAAGAUGGGUCAAAAAAAGGAACCUCAUUAAUCAAGCAUUCUCGCCACAGAGCUUAAAGAAGAUGGUCCCUGUCAUGGCUGACUCUGUUGGAGUGAUGCUAGAGAGGUGGAAAAGACACGAUCACAACUUGGAGAUUGAGGUUUAUGAAGAGUUCAGAUUGCUGACUUCAGAUGUCAUUUCCAGGACAGCUUUUGGAUCCAACUAUGAACAAGGAAAGAAUAUUUUUGAGAUGAUAAACAAGCUAAGUCUCUCGGCGGGUGCUCAACCAACCUAUUCACUCUGGCUUCCACCCUUUCUUGGGAAGCUAAUUAAGAAAAGCAAGCAGGAGAUUGAAGCAGAUAAACUGGAACAAAGUAUGGAAGCUUCCAUUCUUUUGAUGAUCAAAAACAGAGAAGAAAAAGAAGAACAUGAUGAUGGUCAUGCUAUGGAUCUACUGAGUUUGCUUGUGAGGGCAAUGAAAUGCGAGGAUAGCAGCAUCAAUGGAGACAUCAGCUUAAAAGACAUCGUAGACGAGUGCAAGACAUUCUACUUCGCCGGGCAACACACUACGACGUCGUUGCUUUCGUGGGUAGUCUUUCUAUUGGCCAUUCAUCAGGAAUGGCAAGAGAAAGCAAGAAAUGAGGUCUUAAUGCUGUUUGGAAAAGACCCUCCAAACGCAGACAAUCUUUCCAAAAUGAAAACAAUGAGCAUGAUCAUCAACGAGACACUGAGACUGUACCCUGUGAGCGAUGUGCUUGUUAGGCAGAUUGAGAAAGAUGUGAGGCUUGGAAAUAAUUUGAUUAUCCCCGGAAAACCUAAAGUGACAAUCCAGCUUCAGCUUCUGGCUAUGCAUCACGACCCGGAAACUUGGGGCGAGGACGUUUAUAAGUUCAAGCCGGAGAGAUUUGAGGAAGGAGCAGCGCAAGUGAAGAAGGAGAAUGAGGCGCUUGGAUUCAUGCCCUUUGGUUUUGGACCCAGAAUAUGCCUUGGGAUGAACUUUGCACUUAACGAGAUGAAGAUUGCAAUAUCGAUGAUAUUACAACAAUAUGCAUUUUCGCUAUCUCCUAGCUACGUACAUGCUCCUAUGCGGAAAUUGGUCAUUUGUCCCCAGCAUGGAAUUCAGGUGCUUCUUCACCCUCUCUAGCAGUGUUAUUCCCCAUUGUCAAUCAGAUCCCACCACAGCAUGUGAAAUAUCUCUAUCUUUUGUUGUUGUUUUUGUUGAAUAAUCAAAUUCAGAACAUGUAUGCGUGUGUUCUUUUUUUGCUUUCUCAAAUAUUGAGCUUGUUGAAGACAAGACAUAGUAUGUAUGAUUAAUAAUAAUGUUCAACAUUAAUUAA